CGCCGCGCAGCGCACAUGUCUCUGCUCGCGCUAAACACAUAAGUACGCGCGUGAAAAAAAAAGAAGCCAACCGCAUUUGAAAAAAAAAAAAAUUCAAAUUCUACGGUCGCUCUUCAAAGAAGCACUCGCCUUCAAAGCCUUUUGACAAAUAAAGGGUGUUCCAUUUCUGAAGCCGCGCUUGGUCGCUUAUUCGGAAAAUUAUGAAAGUGAUGUGAAAUGUGUUUCUCUUCAGAACUCAGAAUUUACUUUGUAUAUUUUGCUGGUGACUACAAAAGCUAUUGUUCGAGUUUUGUCUGAAUCUAAGUACAAAAAGAAAAGCGGCUGAGUAAUCAAGUUAGAUGUGUGUUCAACAUAAUAUACAACGGUACACAACAUGACGGCAAAGUUCGGCUAUGUUACCACAGCUUGCCGUCUCUGCGAAGAUAUUGUGCCUCCUGAUGGUGGUGAUCUGCGGUGCGGUGCCAUCGGUGUUCCGGCAAAGUCGCCUAUACAGCCAGUGCUCCCAUAUGUACGUCAACGUGUAUCCAAACGGUACCGUCAUGGCUCGCUCCGAUGGAAACGACCAGCCGAAUCUCACCAUCAGCUCGCGCUUCAGCCUAGAACUGCUAAUAUACUCGCCCAUUCAAGACAUGUAUCUCUGUUUCAAUCGAUCCCGGCUUGUCGGCAGGCGACUGACACGUUUCCAAGCAGAGAAGCAGCCCAACUGCCUAUUCAAAGAGGAAUUUGUCGACGGCUACAACAGAUACCGACUCGCGAACAACAAAAACAGGUACAUAGGGUUCAACCGGCGCGGGAUGCAGUUGCGUCGUGGCAAGAACAACGUUCCGGAGAGAAUGCACAAGUGUUUCUCCUUCAUGAACGAAGCCCACGACUUCGACAUCAACAGACACAACAGCAUGCUCGCCAAUACCAAGUGGCGCUCACAGCGUAGACGGCCUCCAGCGCAGAACUCCAUCAAGCCUCCGUGCCGCGGAGUGCGCCACCACCACGCCAGGCAUCAGAGGCGGAGGAACUGCGAGGGCACGUAGACAACCUCUCUCGAUAAUUAGCAGCUUCAAGCUUCAACGCUUCGCGCGUUUCGUUGCCAGAGCUGUCGAUGGACUUUGUGAGUGGACAGAGUAUUAGUCAACUACCGCAGUAUUAUUACAGUGACGUGGACAGUGAUAGCAUUAGGUGGGGCGCGGUGGCCGCGGCGUUUCAAACGCCGCAUGAAUGGUAGCUGAAGCGAUAGAGCAAACAUUUGAAUGGGGUAAAAAAAAAACGCCGAGCCGAGACGUCGUCCGGAGCUGUGAAAUUCCUUAAGGUCGUGUAACAUCGUGGCGCUCGUUUGUUCGUGUGCUAUCGACCGGGCCUGUGCACUAAAAGGAAAAAAGGUUUUCUGUGGAAAGAACAAAUAGUAGUCUCGGUCGUCACGAGUGUUCCGACAGACCACCGUUGCACUCGGAUGCUCGCUGGCGCGCCGACACUCGACGGCCGAGCUGUGAGCCACCCACCAGCAUUACAUGAACUACAUCCCAUAC